AUGACCAGCUAUGAACCCCCCCUUUGGCGAGACCCACCUAACCACUCAAUCUCAACAACUGAUCUGAUCGUCCGAGAGCAAGCCCACCUCGUCUUCAUGCCUUUACACGGACACCUGUUGGCCAUAAUGCCCUCAUCUUCGUACUCUGGGUUCGAGACCCUUGCGACAUGUCUUGAGCGGCGGCGGCAAACAGAGCAAAUGAACAUCUCCAUUCCACCCAUACACAGCGAGGCCAAAGCGUACGUACCGUUGUCCUCCGCCCUCGGUACCAACACCGGCACUUGGAAAAUCCAGUUGGUACAGGCGUCGCAUGCACAUGAGGUAGGCAUCUUUGACGACUCCUUCACCCUACACCCAACAGGUCUUGAGAUUUCUAAUCCAGGGUUUUCCGAAUGUUCCUACCGACAGAGCUCCAUGCAAACCGGCAACCAAUCCCAUUAUGAGAGAUAG